AUGACGUUCCUUGGGGAGGUCAACCCAGAGCUGCAGGCCGAUGUUGGGGGAACCGUCGGGGUUUUGGCGGGGCAUCUCGGCGUGCAUGAUGCCUUUGCCGGCGGUCAUGAACUGGAGGUCGCCCGGGUUGAGGGUGCCGCGGUUGCCGGCGAAGUCUUCGUGGUCCAUGCCGCCGGUGAGGAGGUUAUUGUUUCUUGGCCGCGGUGGGGAUGGUCUGGGAAGCCGGCGCCGGGGGAGACGGAGAAGUGGUCGAGCAUGAGGAAGGGGUUGAGGGAGCGGAGGGAGGGGGUGCCGAUGGAGCGGCGGACUGUGGCGCCUGCGCCUUCGGACUGCUGCUUUGCGAGGAGGGUUUUGAGGAUGCGGCGGGGGAGGGUGAUGCGGGACAUUGUUGCUAGCUGGGCUGGUGUGAUGACGGUGGUGGUGGUGGUGGGUGGUGGUGAGGAUAUGUCUGAUGAGGGUGUGGCAGAGGUGAGGUUCAAGUAG